AUUGGAUUCUCAGCGGUAUUGCUGCUCCAGCUGAGUGAUGGAAAUACCACAGAGAUACCAAUAGAUGUCGACACAGGCUCAUGGAUAGGUUCUGGCCACCUGCGCGGUCUUGUUGCUGUCCGCCGGCUGUGGCAUGCCCAUUGGAUUCUCAGCGGUAUUGCUGCUCCAGCUGAGUGAUGGAAAUACCACAGAGAUACGAAUAGAUGUCGACACAGGCUCAUGGAUAGGUCUACAUAGCCGAGACAGCGGAACCCAAUCUGAGAAGUCUGCUUAUUGGAGCACCCUUUGUAGCGUAUUCCUGCGGCAUACUGCUCGUCUACUCGCUGGGUUCCAUUAUGUACUGGCGGAAUGUGGCCUGGUGUGCCAACGUACUGCAGUUUCUUGCUGCAUACCGGAGACCCCGUCCUGGCUGCUGCGCAACGGGCACGAGAAGAAAGCCCUGCAAGCCCUAACCUUCCUGAGGGGCAGCGAGAUUAGUGCCCAGAAGGAGGUGAAUGAUAUGAAGCAGCGCCUGGACAAGGAGCGGGCCACCACCAAGACCAACGAGAAUAUCUUCAGGCUGUGCUGUCAGCGAGUGGCUAUUAAGCCCCUGGUCAUCGUGAUUGUCUUCUCGCUACGGCAGAUGUUCUCUGUCACAUUCAUUGUGAUAUUUUACGCCAUCGAUAUUGUGUCGGAGUUCGGGGCCGACUUUGAUUCUAAACAGGCUGCGAUCUGGACGGCUGCAGUACGGGUCGUCUGCUGCAUGAUCUUCUGUGCGAUCCUAAUCUUUGUGCGGAGGCGUCGCAUUAUGAUCCUGUCGGGCAUCGGCACGGGCGUAUUCUGCCUGGCUUUGAGCGGAUUCAUGUAUGCUCGGGUGGGUCACCCAAAGAUGUCGUACGAUGUAUUGGUGGCUGGUGGCUGCCUCCUGGGCUUUAUCGUCUUCAACACAGCGCUGAUGGUGAUGCCGGGCAUCAUGAUUGGAGAACUGUUUCCGGCCAGGAUUCGUGGUCGGACGGCAGGCGGAGUGUUUGCCUCAAUGAAUGUGGCCCUGUUCAUCUUUGCCAAGGGCUUCCCUGCUCUGCAGUCGUUGUUAAAGAUGCGAGGGGCUUUCCUGGUAUUCGGAUUUUCCAGCUUCCUGUUAACCAUCUUUAUGUGCCUAUUUCAGCCCGAAACGAAGGGUCGCAGCCUAGAGCACAUCGAGGACUACUUUAAUGGCAACAACUGGCUGUGGUUCCGCCGGGACCGUGGCUACAAGACGGUCAAGCUCCUGCCCCUGCAACCACUAAAAGAAAACGCAGCGGAAAGUGCAUAGAUCACUCCUAGGGGGGCUAGCUUGUAUACAGGUCUGUUAAGAUUACAAUUAGUUUGCUUAGAUAGUAUUUUGCGUACUCUUAGUUCUAUCCUUAGUGCCUCGUAGUUAUUUAAAUCUAUCGAUUUUCCAGUGUUCCUCAGUCAUUCCAACACGGUAAUCUUCAGUCUUCACGGUAUCCUUUCAAGUUGUGAUAAAUCUGCUUUAAAUUGUAUCUCUUUUGUAAUAAAUCAUAUAUGAUUAGA